AUGCGAGCCGAAGUGGAUGUGAGCCAUCGGACAUGGGUGAAGAAAACAUUCAUACUCAAGUCGUUUGCCAACGGUACAUUCGUCUGCCACAAAGACAAAGGACAAUCGAUUGCCCAGCCGGUGGCCUCGAAGGAGAAGAUGUACUACAUUCUCAAGCAGGCGCACGCUUCUGAAGGCCAUGGGGGUCGAGACAAGACCGCCAAAGCCGUGAAGAAGACGCACUCUUUCAUCCGCAAAGGCCUGAUUUGUUUGUUCUUGGAAGUCUGUCCGACCUGUCGGACUCGGAACGAAGCAGUGAAGAAAGACAAAUUGGCAAACGCCCAAAACGCGAGCGAAGCUCUCUAUCACCUGGAUUCCGCUUCAAGCAUCGGCUCAUGGGACCAUACCUCGUUGCAAGUCCAUCCACUUCAUUCCGCAAACCCUUACCAGAGUAGCAGCCAUCUUCCGACAUCCCCACUUUAUCCGGUGGAGGACAAUCAAAGGUUGACGAUCCCGAGCUUAAGUACUGCCCUGAGAAGAGCGCCUUCACAUGGAGUUGUUGGCACCUUGUUCCCUGAUCCGGGCACUAGCCAUGCGCGUAGUCACACCUUCCCACUUCUCGACAAUAGUUACCCUCUUCAGGAAGACCAAUUUGCUCAAUCUCCCGUCGGGUUUUCCUCCCAAUCUUCGCUCAUGAGCACGGUUGGCUCCCAGGUCGGCUCGGCGUACGAGUCCUACAAUAUCGACCAUCUAUCAGAGUUGACGGCCGCUCUCGAGCAGCAAACUUUCUGUGCUCCCAUCUUUUCGGUCCAAGUGGAUGCACCUGGCCAUGAAUUGGGAGGGCCUUCUGGACAGGAAUUCUUCCAAGAUGACCAGGUUUAUUUCGAUCUCCAGCAGCUUCAGCAACAGGUUUCUUCCGAGGCCAUGAACUCCCAGCAAGGAUCAUCCAGCAAUAUGUACGACCCCGUUAACGUCCCCUAUAAUCUCUUGAGCUCUCAACCCGAGCACAAUUUCCAAUCCACCUCCUCCGCCACCCACUUCGAUGGAUUCUCCAACCCAGGAGGCCCUAGCUCAGAUCAUCAUCGGUCGCCGUCCGACUCAUCGACACAAGCUCAUGGUGAGAGCUAUUUGAAAUCCCACAUGGGCCCUGUAGGGCCACCUAGCAGCUCGCUCGAGUUCAAUGCAUACGACAUGAUGUCCUCCUACAACCCGGCCGAGACGGCGGUUCUUCCGGAGACGUUCGGCUCGAUGGCCUCGCAGGACAAUCGUCGCCGCUCCUUCCAGGACAAGAACCACAAGCAUCUCUCGCUUCAAUCUCUUGAUACCUCGCAGAACUUUCAGGACACCUUCCGGAACGGCGAUUCCGGGACAUACUCCGGCCCCUCGACUGCCGGAUCCAUGUGGACGACCGGCGACGACAUGAACACGCCCAUGUUGACCGCCGACUUCCAACACUUGAUGUCCAGUCUCACCCCUCCCGUCGAAAGUCUGACUCGUGAAGAAACACUGUAUUUGCAAACCUGA